AUGGAUUCAUCCAAAUCAUCUGCAUCACAAGGCACAGAAAGAGGAUGCUUCUCUUCCCAAGUGUUCUUAUGGACCGUUGCUGGGCUCUGCAUCCUGCUACUGAGUGCCUGUUUUAUCACCAGAUGUGUUGUGACGUAUCACACCUUUCAGCUCUGUGAUGAGGAAAAGUUCCAGCCACCUGAGGAUUCCACGGAGUUCUCCUGCUAUAAUGAUGGAUUAGGUUCAGUCAAGAAUUGCUGUCCAUUGAACUGGGUACAUUUUCAAUCCAGCUGCUAUUUCUUUUCUACUAACACCAUGACCUGGACAGCAAGCUUAAAAAACUGCUCGAGCAUGGGAGCUCAUCUGGUGGUUAUCAACACACAGGAGGAGCAGGAAUUCCUUUACAGUAUGAAACCUAAAAGGAAAGAGUUUUAUAUUGGACUGACGGACCAGGUGACUGAGGGUCAGUGGCAAUGGGUAGAUGGUACACCUUUCACAAAGUCUCUGAGCUUCUGGGAUAUAGGAGAGCCCAACAACAUAGUUACAGUGGAGGACUGUGCCACCAUAAGAGACUCUUCAAAUCCAAGGCAAAACUGGAAUGAUAUGCCCUGUUUCUUCAGUAUGUUUCGGAUUUGUGAAAUGCCAGAAGGAAAUAGUUGAACAGAGAAAAAUCUC